AUGGACAAUGAAAUCACUUGUUUGGGCAUACGUGUUGAUGGAAGAUCCCGCUUGCUAAAGGCUCAAGGAAGAGAGAAUCCGUACUGCGCUGCGAGAGAACGUGCGUUACGGAAGACGCGUCACGUCUACCGUGCUGAAGUUUGUUGCCUGCUAUAUGUGUUUUGUUUUGCGGAAGACAUCGUUCUCAUUUCUAGAAGCAUCAAUGAAGCAGAGACAAUGCUCAAGGGAUUGAAUGAAGCAGGGAAGAGAAAAGGAUUGUGGAUAAACCGAAGGGAUACACAGUUCAUGAAGAACGUCUACUGCGAAGACGGAGAAGUACAACUUGAAGGCUACCAAAUAGUGGAUACUUUGUCAUACGUGUACUUUGGACGUUUUAUGAAUAUGGAGAACAGCUUGAAAAUAAGAACUGAAUAG